AUGAGACUUCUCAAGUUUUUGCUGCGUUAUUUUCCGCCAGGAAUAGCUUUGGAAUACAUACAAAGUGGAGAAGUUAAAACUAAAAUGAUUGAUUUGCUUGAUCUUGAUGCGAAGACAGACAUAAAAGCUUUGGCGUUGACUAUAAAAAAUAACGAGCCGAUAAUAACUGACAGUGUGAUGGAACAAUUAGAGGAGACGUUGUUGAAACUGCAGUCUAAAGUAUGCGAUGACAGUAUAAAACAUUAUUACAAGUACAAGACACUCAAGACACAUUUGUUGCCGCUGACUAACAUUGCGUUUGAUAAAUUAGGUAAAAGAUGCCUGACGGGCAGCUAUGACCGAACUUGUAAAGUUUGGGACAUUGACAGUGGAAAGGAGCUUCUUACUCUCGAAGGCCAUAAGAAUGUAGUCUAUGCCGUGUCCUUCAACAACCCGACUUCCGAUAAAAUACUGACCGGAUCUUUUGAUAAAACUGCGAACCUCUGGUGCUCACGCACCGGUCACUGUUAUCACCAGUUUUGGGGUCAUGACGCUGAAGUUGUUGCCGUUGAGUUUUCUCCAAGUCAAUUGAGAAUAGCCACUGGCUCAAUGGACACUACUUCGAAAAUUUUUCAAAUUGAUACCGGGCAAGAAGUCGGAACAUUGAAGGGCCAUUACGGUGAAAUAAUUUCGCUUCAUUACAAUAACGAUGGAAAUCAAAUAAUAACUGGUUCAUUUGAUAAUACCAUAAAUAUCUGGGACACUAGAAUUUUAAAAAAAAUCACAAGUUUAGUUGGACACUCUGGAAAAAUAUCAAACUGCCUCUACAGUUUUGACUGCACACUAAUAGCGUCAUCCUCGUUGGACAACACGGCCAAGAUCUGGGACGUCCGAAUGUGCGAAUGUCUCGGUACUCUGUCCGGUCACGAGGACGAGGUUCUAGAUUUAGCGUUAAAUAACCAGGCCAGUAAAUUAGCGACAGCGAGUAGCGAUGCGACAGCGAGUCUUUGGGACAUCACCGGAGAUUUUAAAAAAGUGUUUACCCUUGAAGGCCAUCGUGAAGAAGUUUCUAAAGUUUGCUUUAGUCCAAAUGGCAGCAGUAUAUUGACUUCAUCACUAGACAAAACAGCCAGAUUAUGGUCAACAGAUACUGGCCGGUGUAUACAAAGUUUAGUUGGACAUACAGAUGAUGUCUUCAGCUGUGCAUUCUCGUAUAAUGGUGACACGAUAGUUACUGCUAGUAAAGAUAACACAUGCACCAUAUGGAGAUGA